AUGGGAACAAACAAUGACACAGCUGUGCGGGUAUCUGAGUUUAUCAUAACAGGCUUUGAUCAUCUUUCACAUCAGAAACUUCUUGGCUCCUUAAUUCUUAUUACAUAUGUUCUAAUACUGUUUUUUUGCAGCACAAAUUUGAGUAUAAUAAUUGCAGACAGGCGUUUGCACUCACCAAUGUAUAUACUAAUUUGCAAUUUAGCCAUUGCUGACAUCAUGUUUAGCACCAGCUCUUGCAUAACAAUGAUAGCUGUGGUUCUUGCAGAAAUUAAAACUAUCACCUUUACUUCGUGCAUCAGUAGCAUGUUUACCUACCAUCUUGGGGAUAUCACUAUGUGUCUCGCGAUAACCUUGAUGGCAAUGGAUCGAAUGCUUGCCAUUAGCUUGCCUCUGAGAUACAACAGCAUCCUUACAAACCCACGAUGCAUCGCUGCCAUUCUGUUUUGCUGGAUAAUAGCAAUUGGAGCAAUGGUUCCAAAUGCAAAGGCAGCCGACAGUAUUCCCUACUGUCAAAACAAAAUAAGAUAUGUGUUCUGUGACUAUCCUGCAAUAAUACGAGCUGGAUGUGUGAACCCUAUCCCUUAUUUUACAGUCUCAAUAAUCAAGGGCUUGUGGCUUUUUGCCCAUCUUUUGCUGAUCCUAAUUUCAUACAUUGUAAUUAUGUACACUGUGCUGAGCCUCUCAGAGAAGGGAGGCAGGCACAAGGCAUUUAGUACUUGUAUUUCACAUAUCAUUGUGGUUUCUACUUAUUAUGCGCCAAAAAUAGUAUCUGUGCUGCUAAGUAGAGUUGGUGUGAAACUUAACCUGACUGAGAGAAAUGCUGUUAUUAUAGUGGCCUCAAUGCUGCCACCUCUUGUCAACCCUGUGACUUACUGUCUAACAACAAAAGAACUGAGGGGAAGGCUGAUAAGCCGGUUGACUAAAAAACGUGUGGCAGUGAAGUAA